AAGGAGAAAAGGAGGGACAGGGAGAGGGAACGAGCGAGUGAAGGAGAGGGAACGGCUCUCUGUUUGUGGAGCAGAACAGGACCAUGCUGUCAGGCGGUUGUGUAGUUUGGAUUGGAGUACUGCUCCUGGGGCUUGGGGCUCCGAUGACUAGGGCUGUUGAAUUUCAACACCAUGGAUAUGAGGAGAUGGUGCGCACUCUGUUCUCCAUCCAUAGCCAGUGCCCAUACAUAACCCGCAUCUACAGCAUUGGUCGCAGUGUGGAGGGGCGCCACCUUUAUGUCCUGGAGUUCAGCGAUAAUCCAGGCAUCCAUGAAGCAUUGGAGCCAGAGUUCAAGUAUGUGGGGAAUAUGCAUGGGAACGAGGUGCUGGGCCGCGAGCUACUCAUCUACCUCUCUCAGUUCUUCUGUGACGAGUACCAAGCAGGGAACCAACGGAUUACAGAGCUUAUCCACAACACACGCAUUCACAUUCUGCCCUCCAUGAAUCCAGAUGGCUAUGAAGUGGCAGCUAGGCAGGGUCCAGAGUUCAAUGGAUACCUGGUGGGCCGUGGGAAUUCCAGAGAUGUGGAUCUAAAUCGCAAUUUCCCUGACCUGAAUGCCCUCAUGUAUUACAAUGAGAAGAACAAUGGACUUAAUCACCAUUUGCCCCUUCCAGACAACUGGGAGCACCAGGUUGAACCAGAGACUCUUGCAGUCAUUAGAUGGAUGCAAAGUUAUAACUUUGUUCUGUCAGCAAAUCUGCAUGGAGGAGCAGUGGUUGCAAACUACCCUUUCGACAAAUCCAGAGAAGCCCGUAUAAGAGGCAGGUCUACAUAUUCUGCCACUGCAGACGACAAGCUCUUCAAACAUUUGGCAAAGACUUACUCCUAUGCUCACAGUUGGAUGCAUAAAGGCUAUAACUGUGGAGAUUACUUUGAGGAUGGGGUUACCAAUGGAGCCAGCUGGUACACUCUAUCCAAGGGCAUGCAGGACUUUAACUACCUAUACACUAACUGCUUUGAGAUCACUCUGGAGUUGAGCUGUGAUAAAUUCCCCCCAGCAAGCACUCUGGCCAGAGAAUGGCUGGCCAACAGGGAGGCUCUGGUGUCCUACCUGGAAGAGGUUAACCAUGGCAUUAAAGGAAUGGUUUAUGAUGAGAAUAACAACCCUAUCAGCAAUGCAGUGAUCUCAGUGGCAGGCAUAAACCAUGACAUAACUAGUGGGGCAGAUGGAGAUUACUUCCGUCUGCUUUUGCCAGGAACCUACAUUGUAACUGCCUUUGCACCAGGCUACCGGCCUUCAACCAGUACAGUGACAGUCGGACCUGCCGAGGCCAUACAGUUACACUUCUAUUUGAAACCAGCACCAAAAGAGACAAAUUUGAAUGCAAGGGACCAUCAAGAUAAGAAAAGCUUCUCAGCAGCCAAAGUUCCUGCAGCCAACCUCGGUCCAAGAUAAUAAAAAAAAAAGGGACAAGUUCCUCGAAAAUGUUGGCAAAGGAAGUUUAAACUAUUGCUGUUACAAACCACAUCACUGAAUCAUACUUCCUCAGUCCUCAGUUUGUCUUGAAUCCUUAAUAGUAUGUUUUUCACAAGAGUGUUCUAUUGAAAUGAAUUCACGUUCAUAGAAUUAAGUAAGUAAGAUUCAUAGAAAGGAAUCAGCAUAUAAUUCAGGAAAUAAUUUAGAUAAUAAUGCAAUGUUGUGAGGUGUCACAAGUAUUGUACAUCAGCACUUACAACGAAUUUAACAAUCUCCUUUGAUUAACAUUUUAUGCAGACCCAACACAAAAUGUAAUCAAGUAUAAUCAAAUGUAGCAAUGAAAUGGUCCUUAGUCAGUAUUGUCUUGAUACGUUUGUGAUAUAUUACAACUUUUACAACUUUAUAUAUUACAACUUCAACAAAAAUGUGUUAAUAUAGAUAUCACAGACACAUUUAGCCUUUUAACAUGUACUAAGACUGUUAUGGUAUCAGUAGGAUUACUGUAAAGCACUGAAUAUUUACAGAACUCUAAAGACCAAUUUUUAUACUGUGUAGUUCUACUCUGAUGUCUCUGAUUUGAGGAAAUUAUUACGCUUUAUGUAUUUUAAAGGAAUUAAUUAAUUUAAAGUAAUUUAUAAUUAGAGUAACAUGAAAAAUCCUUAAUAAUAAAAAAGAAAAUUCUAUUGUUAGUAAAAUACAGAAAAUAAUAACUUCCAGAAAGUUUAAAUAAAUCCAUUAAGAAAAAAAAAAUCAGUAUUUGAUAUUUGUUGUUGUAUAUUUGUACACCAGAGGUCACUGUUGUCCAGUUAAAUGUGUGCACAUUAUUGGUUUGCAAGAAUUACAGUAAGUUUUAGGCCCCAAUUUUUUAUGAUUUUUUAAUUUUAUUUUUAUUUUUAUAAGAAUUAUUCUAGAAAUAUUCGCUGUAUUGUAAAGUUCAAAAUCAUAACUCAAGAAAAGAUUUUAAAAACCCCAAACACACAAUGAUCUACUUGUUCACCUAUAAAAUUAUAUUGAGCUUGCAAAAGCCAGUGGGUCUUCAACUAUUUUCCUAUGGAUGACAAACAACCCCCCCCCCCCCCCCCCAAAAAAAAGAAGCAAUGUUUGACGUACAGGAAAAGGAAAAACUCGCUCCAGGAAUGUCCUGAACCCUGAACAUGUGCCCUACAUCCAGAAACUGCAGGAACAGGUCAUCAUAUUUUGAUAAUAACACACACUCCUGUUUUCAGGGUAGCUAUGUAUAGUACAAAAGUGCAUUUUUAAAUAGCUCUCCUAGGACAAAAUAUGUGUAAAGAUUGAAACACUUACUAAUAUAGACAAACUCUCAGAGAUUACUGAUUACUUUAGUAAAACUAUAAAAAGCAAUGUGCUUAAUAUCAGUGUCUUUAUUUUCUUUUGUUUGCGUUUUUCAAGUGCUUUUUUUGCCUGCAUAUAAUACUCAGAGUAAACAACUGUAAUUAUUUGCAAUCUAUCAAAUGACAAUUGUCUAUAUUUCUGAGUUUUGUAUGAAUUAAAUUUACCAUCUAACAUUAAA